ACAAAGGCAUCCAUUGUUGUUGGCUCUGUUCACACAAUGAGAGUCAUUAAAAUCUUGAAAAACUGGAUAUUUAGUAAUUAUGAGGACUUUGAAUCCGACCUUGAUCUCAAAGCUGAGGUGGUAGACUUGCUAGAAGAGAUGGUGGUCAAUACAAAUCUUCUCCCAGCAGAGCACAAAGCUGCUGUCUCAAUACUUAGAACUAUCAACAAAGAACCCUCACCUGAGAAGCAGAUUGAUUUAACACAGCUACUCAUGCCACCAAGUCUUCAAUUGUGUAGGUUCUCUUCACCAUCAAAGGAUAACCUGGAUACUCUUUUUGCUCUUGACAUAGCAGAGCAGUUAACAUACCUCGAUCACCAUAUUUUUAUGGCAAUUAGAAGCGAAGAGCUGCUCAGCCAGGCUUGGAUGAAACCAGAUAAAUGUCACAAAGCUCAACAUGUUCUGCUGGUCAGUAAAAGAUUUAAUGAGGUGAGUCGCCUGGUUGUGUCAGAAAUUGUAAGCAGAUCAAACAUGCAGGACAGAGUGACAUGUAUAGAAAAGUGGGCAGCCAUUGCUGACAUUUGCCGCUGCAUGCACAACUACAAUGGUGUUCUCCAGAUAUGUGCAGCAUUUGUAAAUAGUUCUGUGUACAGACUCAAGAAAACAUGGGAGAAGCUGUCAAAACAGACUAAGCAAAUGAUUGAUAGACUUCAGACAUUGGUUUCAUCUGAAGGUCGUUUCAAAAACAUGAGGGAUGCGUUGCAUAG